AUGGAGUUCCCUUGGAAGUUUUGUUGGCUCGCAUUAAUAAUACUGGUGAUUUCAAGUCGUUUAGUUGAUACUUUUACAAAACUAACCAAUAUCGAGUGCAAAACGUUGGACAAACCUUUCGCCGAUUUCAAGAGUUGUCGCCUACAUGUACCGAAAAGGGGAGAGAUCGCAUUAUCCCUGCACGUGCAGCUCUUCCAGAUACCGGUUAAUAAUGUCAGUAUAAAUCUUUCAUUUUUCAAGAGAGCCAGUGGUUACCGCCCCUUUUUAUACAAUAUUACCGCUGAUUUUUGUGGUUUUAUGGCGAACAGAAAGCGUUAUCCUUUUCUAAAUAUAUUCUUUGACAUUCUUCUUAAGGACUCGAACAUUAAUCACACCUGUCCCUACAAUCAUGACAUAAUCGUCAAGAAUCUAAUACUGCGUGACGAAAUGUUCGGACGAAUACCGGUGCCAGCGGGCGAAUACAUGUUUAAGUUAAUGGUAGGCGCCUACAAUGAAUGGAAAGCUGAUGUGAAGGCUUACUUUUCAAUAAGACUCAAUAAAAAAGAACGUUGUCGUUUGGUUGAUACUUUUACAAAAUUAACCAAUAUCAAGUGCAAAACGUUGGACAAACCUUUCUCCGAUUUCAAGAGUUGUCGCCUACAUGUGCCGAAAAGGGGAGAGAUCGCAUUAUCCCUGCACGUGCAGCUCUUCCAGAUACCGGUUAAUAAUGUCAGUGUAAAUCUUUCAUUUUUCAAGAAAGCCAGUGGUUACCGCCCUUUUUUAUACAAUGUUAGUGUCGAUUUUUGUGGUUUUAUGGCGAACAAGAAGCGUCAUCCUUUUCUGAAUGUUUUCUAUGGUUUUCUUAUGAAGGACUCGAACAUUAAUCACACCUGUCCCUACAAUCACGACAUAAUCGUAAAAAAUUUAAUAUUACGCGACGAAAUGUUUAGCCGAAUGCCGGUGCCAGCAGGCGAGUACAUGUUCAAGUUAAUGGUGGCCGCCUACAAUGAUUGGAAAGCAGACGUAAAGGUCUACUUUAACAAAGAAGGAGACUAA